AUGGAAGCAAGCGCAGACUGGGUGAAUGCCCCUAUAGAGCAAACAUUGACUAAAAUUGGACCACCGGAUGACUUUGACGCUUCAAAGAAUGUGAAACCAAUCGAGAAUAAAGGAGAAGAAGCAGGGCAUGAGCAACCAGUACUUGCAAAGGUCAAAUCACACGAAGAAAACGAAGAUGAUUAUCGGUAUGGUGGCUACCAUCCAGUAUUUAUUGGGGAAGAAUUCAAUAAGAAGCGAUAUGUAGUAGAGCGGAAAUUGGGAUGGGGUCAUUUUUCUACUGUUUGGCUUGCUUACGACCGGAUAGCAAAACGGCGGGUUGCUUUGAAGGUUGUACGAUCAGCAGAGCAUUAUCGAGAAACAUCCAUUGAUGAAAUCCGCAUUUUGCAAAAGAUUUGCGAAGGUGAUGACAAACAUCUUGGCAAAAAGCAUGUGAUUGCCUUAUUAGACUAUUUCCUACACCGAGGACCGAAUGGUGCUCAUGUGUGUAUGGUGUUUGAAGUCCUAGGAGAAAAUCUGCUAAGUCUUAUUCAAUCAUAUGGACAUCGCGGUGUCCCAAUGGAGAUAGUCCAACAAAUCUCCUAUCAAUUGCUUAUUGCAUUGGAUUAUUUACACCGUAUGUGUGGAAUUAUACAUACCGAUUUAAAACCUGAAAAUGUUUUGAUUUGCAUUGAUGAUUCAGUACUGAAUGACAUUGAUCGCCAAGCAUCGCUUGGUUCAGAUUCAAACCCACAGACCGCUACAUCGAAACCUCCCACGGAUGCAGGCGCCGUUGGUUCAUUUGGAACACCUCAAAAGAGGUCGAGCAAAUCAUCCGUGGGCAAGGUGCUUACUAGUGAUCCUUUUACCUCCACACUCACUCAUUCUCCAGGCCUAGAGGGAGCCGUUUCAGAUAUUAGUCUGCGUGACAGCUAUUUCAAGAAACCACAGCAGGAAAAGAAACCUUUGAUUGAAGUCAAAAUAGCAGACCUCGGCAAUGCCUGUUGGACACGGAAGCACUUUACAAACGACAUUCAAACACGACAGUAUCGUUCUCCAGAGGUUAUCCUUGGAUGCCAGUGGGGAGCUUCUGCUGAUUGCUGGAGCUUUGCUUGUAUCAUAUUCGAACUUCUGACUGGUGAUUAUCUAUUCGAUCCCAGAAGUGGAAAUUCUUAUUCCAAAGAAGAUGACCACGUAGCUCAAAUCAUUGAGUUACUCAUGACCUUUCCCAAACAAAUGGCUUUAUCUGGAAAGCACUCCGCCGACCUGUUCAAUCGACGUGGUGAACUCCGCAAUAUACACAAACUAAAGUUUUGGCCAUUAAAAGAUGUAUUAGAGCAAAAGUAUCAUAUUAAAGCGUCGCUCUCCCAAGAUAUUUCAGACUUUCUAUUACCCCUUCUUUCAUUUGAUCCAGCAAAGCGUGUCAAUGCAGGAUAUAUGAGUAACUCGCCUUGGUUGCACAACGUUGCCAGCCCCGAUUUUAAAAUUGACUGCUGCGGGCAAUUUGGUGAGUUUAUUCCUGGCUGGGCUAAUGAAAUCCGAAAAUAA